AUGCAAUUCACGUCCACGACCGAAUCCACCUUAUUUCUCGAUGUUAAUCCUCUCCAUCUAAGUUUGCUGAGGAAGAAAAAGCUUCAUAUGGAAAGGCUGAAAUUAUUACAGCCAGAUGGAUGUUUUAUUAAAUUCAGUUGUGGUAAAGACGAUGGGGUUCGCUUCCUUUUCAUUGAUAGAAAAAAUACACAUGAUAAGUUUGAUACAGGGAUCAGAGAAGAUAAAUCAUCAACAAACAAGGAAUCGCUUGUGCUACGUAUUGGAAUUGAUAUUAAGGAUUUAGAUUUAUCACAACUUGAUUUUGUCAAGGAUAAAAAAAUUAUAACAUAUUCCAAGCAUCUUUGUGGAUCUCUAUGUAAGACGAUAAGUGAUCCCUAUUACUGGAAUAAUUAUUGCACCGUGUUGUCAUCAGCUGUCAAAACGGACGAUGAUAAAUCAUUCGUCAAAACUUUAGGUUAUAAAUGUAAACGUAUACUAGAUUACGCCAAUUUGGCACUAAUGGCCGUUCCAAAAAAAAGAUUAACGUCUCAAAACAUUAAUUAUUUUAAAAAUCUUCAUGAAAAGAAAAAUCAUUCUCGAUUAAAGUUACUUCUAUUAUUCUUUAGCACAAAGUUUUUACACUCUAUCGAAUGUAACAAAGGAAUUCCUACGGUGCAUUGA